AUGCUCGUCAUCGAGCGCUUCGAUCAGCUCAAGGAAAAGACCCAUGUUUUCUAUAAUAGCAAUUUAUCUUAUGGUGAACUUGAGCGCGAAGCCCGCAUUAUGGAGUUAGAGACUGAAAAUUGUAAAACUUGUUUACAUUCUUUUGUUAAACUUCUUCGAUUGCUAUUCUCAUCAGUGCCCCUUUUGAUUGCGACUCGAGCGAUUUCCUCAAGGGCUUGGGAGUCCAAGAUGGAGGUCCCCCAGAGGUAUUACACGCGCAAUGGAGAAAGGAGGACACUGCUGGUAAACCAAACAUCGAACUGAUCGUCAAAGACCAACUGGAAGGGAUCGAAGAAUUCUUCGGCACUCUACGACAACUCAAGGCCGAAACUUUUGCAUGAGAGUACAUACAAGGAAGUCUUGAAAGCGAUCAACUCCAUGGAUAUAGCAAUGAAGCGAGUGCAAGAGGAAAUGGGAAAGAUGGAAGGGGCUCCGGCACCACCUGCCCCAGUGAUGGUCGAUGUGGCGAUUGAGGCGAAAGCGAACGAGGAGAGAGCAAGAAUGGCAGACAACGCGGAAUUCAUGGAGGCAGUCCACGAGGAGGAUGAAAGUGAUGAAGAAGAUGCAGCCUUGGAAAGGGAAAUUGGGUGACUGGAAGCUGAGCUGACGGAGGUCAGCCGCCGCAGGAGGGAACUCGCCCGUAGGAAAGUAUGUCGACCGCUGGAGUACCUAGCAGGGAUAUACCCCCACGAGGAGGAAGAAAUGCCCUGCGUCUUUUGCGGGGCGCUCGGACGCCAUUAUUCGGACUCUUGCAUCCAGAUCCGCACCGGGCAGGAGAGGGCGCAGUACCUUCGAAGAGCCCGAAGAUGCCAAAUGUGCCUGGAGUUGGAAUGCGAUGGCGACAGCGACUGCGUGAAAGCAAAGAUUCCCUGCUUUCAGUGUAAGAGGACAGGCCACGCGUCGGCGGUGUGCACACUGCCGGAAGUGUCGCUACAAAUCGAGGCGGACAAGCGACACUGCGAAUUGGUGAUCGACGGCCUCAACGCACGGUUACGACACCUGCGUUCACUAAGGGAGGCAAGACAUCGUUAA